AUGGCAGACAUACACGAAAUCAUUCGAACGGCAGACCAGCUGUUCGCCGAGUAUAAGUUUGAGGAAGUCUGCUGUUUGCUCAGACAACAUGUGCAAUCAGUGGAAUAUGAAAUUCUGUGGCGCUUAGCACGAUCUCUCUAUUCGUUGUACAAGGAGAAAAAAUCCGCCCACGCAUUGAUACUGGAGGGAUUCCAAACCGCGAGCAAACUGCUGGAUAUCGCCCCGAAUGCUUCCGCAUCGCACAAGUACUAUGCCGUAUUUCUCGGCGAAAAAGCCGGAAUCGAUGGAACUAAGCAGCAGAUUCUGUCGUUGACGAAAGUGCUUGCCCACAUCAAAAUCUCCAGGGAUGAGAACGAACUGGAUCCAUUCGUGUGGCAUCUGGAGGGAGUAUUCUACGAGAAGCUGGCCAGUUUGCAGUGGUACGAAAAACUGUUUGUGUACGCUUUGAACAAGGAUCUGGUUCAGCCUAGCUAUGACGAUGCGCUUCGCUGUUUGCUGAGAGCGGAGCAAAUCGAGCCGCACUUUUUUGCGCUCAACGAGUUUCUGAUUGGGAAGGUAUAUUUUCAGCAGAAAAAUUUCAAGAAUGCGAGGCCGUAUCUUACUCGUAUCGCAAAUCUGGAAGUUGUUCGAACUGCCGACGACAAAUUCUCAAAGGAAGCAGCGGCGCAGUUAUUAGGAAAAAUGUAAAAUUGACGUUUCGAAAAUAAAAUGUUGUUUGGAGAUUGAUUUGCAAAACGCUUAUUG